UUCUAUUAUGUUGCGGUCUAUUAUUGAUUAUAUUAACACAGACUUCUUUUGCUUUAAAGAGUUCAUUCGAUUAUGAGGAUAUUAACACAAUGAUUUCCUUUGGUGAUUCUUAUACAACAAGAUAUUUGAAUAUGGAAUCGUUAACUUAUGCUUGUAGAAAUUGUACUUCAGCUGGAGGCCCUAAUUGGGUUAUUUAUUUAACAGAUACUACAAAAUGGAUCAGUUGGGAUUUUGCCUAUAACUCAGCACCUGUCAAUAAUCGUUAUGUAAACCAGGUCAUAUAAAAAAAAAAAG